UACGGACCUUACGGCUACCAGCCUAAGCUCGCCCCCGCCGUCGUCUUUACAGUAGUCUACGCUCUCUUGGCCUUGGUGCACCUUGGCCUGACCGUCAAGUCUCGCCAAUGGUGGCUCAUCGUUCUCGCACUCGGAGCCGGCUUUGAAACGGCAGGCAAUGCUCUCAGGAUCUACGGUCACUUCUACGCGACCGUCACGGACCCUUACAUCGCCAUGCAAGUCCUCGUUGUGGUCACGCCGGCCUUCUUCGCUGCUAUCCAUUUUGCAAUUCUGGGCAAGGUCCUCAUCUUGUUCGGGCGCAAAUUCUGCUUCGUCCCCCCCAAGUUGAUCAUUCCCUUCUUCGUUACCCUCGAUGUCGCCUCCCUCGCCAUCCAGGGCGGAGGGUCGGGCAUCGCCGCUACCAAUGAGAUCCGCGGUCGUGACCCGACCAGCGGAGCCAACAUCGUCGUAGGCGGUCUCGCCGUGCAGCUCCUGGGCUACUGCAUCUUCGACUUCCUCGCAAUCCUCUUCGCAUUCAAGGCCUUUCCCGCCGGUGAGCCCGUGGCUCCACCUAAGCUCUGGAAUCGCAAGAUGAAGAUCGGUGUAAUCAUGGCCUUCAUCUCUGCCCUCCUCGUCUUGACCCGAUCCUGCUUCCGUACUGGAGAGAUGGCCGAAGGCUGGAUCGGCCCUGUAGCACAGAAAGAGUGGCUCUACUACGUCUUCGAUGCCACCCCCGUCUCGGCUGCUGUGCUCAUCCUGGCUAUCUGGCAUCCUAGCUUCUACUUGCCC